AUGCCGAACCUGGUGGGCCACACGAAGCAGGAGGAGGCCGCCCUGGAGGUGCACCAGUUUGUGCCGCUGGUCAAGAUCGACUGCAGCCCGGACCUCAAGUUCUUCCUGUGCCUGCUGUACGCGCCGGUCUGCACGAUCCUCAGCUACCCGAUCCCGCCCUGCCGGAGCCUGUGCGAGAGUGCGCGGGCCUGCGAGGGCAUCAUGCGGACGUUCAACUUCCAGUGGCCCGAAAGCUUCGAGUGCUCCCGCUUCCCGGAAGACGGCGGCCAGGAGCUGUGUGUGUCGCAGAACAAGUCCACCGAGACGUCCACCAGCCGGCCAGCCGUGACGACCAAAAUAGUGACAAAGUUUAUCGACCGGAAGAGUAACCCGGCGAACGGUGGACUCGUCGGCGUCACGCAGCACCGAGAUUUGGGAUUCAUCUGCCCGGUACAGCUGAAAGCUCCGUCUCUGAUGGGCUACCAGCUGACCGUUGGAGGGAAG